UGCGGCACUCGCGGUGGCUCACGGGAUGUCCCGACUUCCUGUGUCUGUGUGUGCAUGCAUAUCGGUUGUCGGCGAUCGGUGCGCCCGUCUCGAACCGGUGUUUGGACCUUUUGUGCCGUCUCCCAGGAAUUACAAGGUGCAGCCAGUGUUUUGAACAGCUGCGGGUCAGGCAUGGGCAGCCCAGCGCGGACGUGAAGGCGGAGUCCGGCUGCGAAGAAAGUGGCGGGGAUUCGGUGAACUGGGGCAGUGGACGUGCGGUGACAGCCAUCUGGCGGCAACUCUGAAGCUAUGGCAUUCGCAGGGCUCAAGAAACAGAUCAACAAAGCCAAUCAGUAUGUCAGCGAAAAGAUUGGUGGAGCGGAGGGUACCAAAUUCACGGACGAGUACAUGGAAAUGGAGAGGAAAAUAGACUUGACCAGCGAGUUAGUGGAAGAGCUGAUUGUAAAGACAAAAGAAUACCUCCAGCCAAAUCCAGCAUCCCGAGCAAAGCUGAUGGUAAGCACGAAACUCCGAGGCCCGGGAAAAACUCAUGCAUAUCCUCAGCCGGAGGGAGUGCUCGGAGAAUCCAUGACCAAGUAUGGCACUGACUUGGGCGAGGAAAGCCCCUUUGGUCAGAGCCUCAUCGAAGCUGGAGAGGCACUCAAGCAGCUGGCCGACAUCAAAUAUGCCCUGGAAGAUAAUGUGAAACAGAACUUUCUUGAGCCCCUUACCCAACUACAGAACAAGGACCUUAAGGAUGUUUUGCAUCAUCGCAAGAAAUUGCAGGGUCGACGUCUGGACUAUGACUGCAAAAAGCGAAAACAACUGAAAGGUGGCCACUUGACAGAAGAUGAGAUCAAGCUUGCCGAGGACAAAUUUGAAGAGUCUUUCAACUUGGCGUCCCUGGGAAUGUUUAAUCUUUUACAAAAUGAUGUCGAGCAAAUCUCUCAGCUUCAUGCCCUUGCUGAAGCCUUCUGUGAAUAUCAUCAGCAGUGUGCGGAAGUGCUCCAGGGCCUUACUGAACGGUUGCUCGAACAGAAAGCUGAGGCAGCAGGGCGUGAUCGCGAGCCAUACGAACCCAAGAAGCUGUCUGAUCUCAACCUCACAGCGAUUCACGACGACAUCUCGCCCAUGGUCGAGUCAGGUGGGGGCUACUUCAAUGGCGAGCCCCAGCAAAACUCCCUCUUCUUCUCCUCAGCCCCAACUGACAGGCUUUUAUCACCUUUGUUAGAGGAGCCGUGUAAGUUUGUUGCAUCUCCUGCCCGCUCACCCCUGAGCUCGCCUGUGAACCCACGGCCUGCCAAUAACCUCUUCCUGGGCAGCUUCCCCAAUCCGCAUGGCACGGGGGCCUCACCUGGCUCCAGGUCUCCCAAUGCUUCUCCACUUCCAUCGCCGGUGCGGUCACCAGCCCGGGCCCCACGUGCCCCAACUUGCCGAGCGCUGUACGACUUCGAGCCGGAGAAUGAGGGCGAGCUGGGCUUCCAUGAGGGGGACCUCAUCUCACUCGUGCGCCGCGUCGACGACAACUGGUACGAGGGCAGCAUCGACGGCCACACGGGCAUGUUCCCUGUCAACUAUGUCGAGGUGGUGGUGCCGCUGCCAUGAAGCUGCACGUGGCUGAGCUGUAGCCACUGCUGUUCUGCUGCUGGCUGAUGAUGCCGCUUGUUACCAGCUGCACAAAUGCCUGCUGUGGGAACAAGAGGCUCUACCAACCCUCCAUCUGUGUUAGCUCUGAAUUCAGCAAGUCCCAUCUGUUGAUUUUGGUCUUAUCUGUGAACGGUUCACCUCUGGACUUUAGUCAUUUUGGGUUGUUUAUAUAUGAGUUUUCCCUUGCAGCCAUGCUUUCAAUCAUAAUGGCAACUGCCCAGCGCUGAGUGUGAAAAUGUAAAUAUUUAUUAUUUAGUGCCACGGACAUUUUUAAGUCAUUGUUUAUUUAUGUUUGGACUCUGCACCCCCACCCCUGCCCUAUCCUUGAUGAGCUUUUAUUCCUGUGGGAUGAGAAAUGACAGCGGUUUAUUUUUUGAAGAUGGAGAGAAAAAAAAAAGAAAAGCUAGAAGUGCUUUUUAUAGGCACAAAUCAGAAGGUUGUGUUGGUUGCAGAUAACAUUUUUUCUUUUGUUUUUCUCUUUCAUUAGAAAUUUAUGUGCUGUGUGUUAGGAGGCAUCAUUUAAUGACAACCUUUUUGUUGUUCAGAAUAGAUUUAAGACAUGGCCAGGUUCUAUCACCUGGUUACAACCAACUGGGCAUGUCUUGGUUUCUUCUUUUUCACUUUGUAAACCAUUGUAACUUUUUUUUUUUGGAAGCUUCUGCCUUGGACUCAAUGUCUUUCAUGGCAUCAAUCAUGUACCACGUCUCCCAAUGCCUGUAGUGAGCCUUGUCGAUCGUGACUUAAACAUCCUGUUCUAUCAAAACUGCUACACUUAUUGUAUGUGGGGGUUGUCAUAAAGCUCACUGGAGAUUCUACUUACCCAGAUGCUCGUCACCAAUCUGCAGCUUCCCAUACUGCUCCCUUUGCUUCAUUGUCUGUCUGUGCUGACAAGUACAUCAAAUUUGUGUAGCACAGGGGUUCCCAAACUUCUUGGCUCUAGAGGAACGACCUUGACGUUCAGUAUGUAGUAAGGAACCCCUCAUCCUCUGCCUGUCAGAUACAUGUGAAGAAGAGCGCAGACAAAGGGCUCCUCAUUUAACAUUUGCACUCACUCUGGUAAAUGGUUACACAAGGCUCAUAUUUGCACAUUGCUGGAAAGGGUGGAUUGGGAGAAUCAUUAGUAGCUUAGCGAUUGUGAAGAAAAAGCCGCAUAGGUGAUCAGUCAUGCAUGCCAAUCAAGGUGCUCACAGGGCCCCAGAAAGUUGUGUGGACCUGAUGAGGUUUCUUCCACAAGUCCCACACUCAAUGAACGAAUUAAUCAAUCAAGCAGUUACACAAAGUUGAGUGGUUGUCACAAUCUGGGUGUCGCAACGAAAUGUUUUUCAUAUGGGUUUUAGUUUUGUUCCACUGCAAAAAAGUUCCGUUCUGGUUCUGCUCCAGAACGAAAAAAAAAACAAAACAAAAUUAUCCGUAACAGUUCAUAACGGUUUUUGUUUGCAUGCAAAAAUUUUCGAAGCAGAUUAACAAUAAAAGCAUAGAAUUUAUUGUUCUCCAUAAUUCAGUCAAGGCACUGAGCAUUUCAGAAGCAGCACAUCAUCGAGUGUACUCGCCAAAAUGUAAGACCACUGUUCCAAUAAACUGAACUUAAACGAAUGACAAAACUGUGGUAACAAAGAGUUGUACCCGUAGAAAACAAAACAGUAAGCUCUUCAGCAUGCAAGCCCUGGGUUUCGCUACUAUGCCGAUCUGCUGGUGCACGGAGCGGCAGGCUUAGAUUAGCGGAGCACUCGACCGCCUUUCACUCACACAAGACCUGCUUGAGACAUGCACUUAUGAGGACCUUCAAGACACAUACUAAUUCUAAUGUUGCCUCGUGUCAGUUGUUUCGGAUUGCUGACUUUCCUCUUGAACCGAAAACUGAUCAAAAAUAUUUCGGUUUCACUCCAAACAAAAUAAUAAAUAAUGUUUCAUGUGUCUUCUUGCUGCAGUCAAAAAUAUAUUCUUUCUUUUUUUCAUUCCAUUCUGACACACCGAUUACAAUGAAUGAGCAAUCAGCCAAGAAGUAGCUUUGCUGUGGUGUAGACUAGGUGAAAAGGAAAAAAUGGGGGCCCACAGAUGACUCACUAUGCUCAUGAAAAUCAAAGAAGUCCCAUGUGGAAUGUGAGGGUUCCUUGAAAUGCAGUUUGGGAACUCCUGAGUUAGCUUACUUUGUGCUCCUUUAGUGGCUGGCCUCAUGAUGAAAGUUCUCCCCCUCCCUACAAGUUCAUCAUUUACGAGAGCAUGGUUGUGAAAUGCUUCCCUCUAAUGUUCAGCUGGUGCUAUUCGUGCCUGUAUUGCAGUGGAAAGGAAAGAGCAUUUUCUGCAUGUAAGUGGUGUGCACUAUUGCUGUUCUUCACUUGUUUGGAAUGUUCAAACCAGCACCCAAUGGAGAACCGCACGACUGCUCGUCAGUACCUUGCGAUGACAGCUAUGAAACAGGAGCGAUAAAGGAUGUCUUGUUGUAUAGGCGGUGCCUAAGGAAAUCCCGCUUUUUCUGUCACUAGUCUGUCAAGGCCAUCAAUAUGCAGCCAUCCCCCGCUACUGGUCACUUUUCAGUGUUUUUCUUCAGCCAAACACAAAUGCAAAACAAGAAUGAAGAUGGAUAUGAGGAUUGGUGGUCCCCCUUACCUUUCCAGUCUUUUAAUAUGUCUGUGCUCCUUGUGUUCCAGCUCACUUGUUCUGGCUGCAUAAUCAUUUCAUUUGUGAGCACAAAGCAACGAUCAAGCCUUCGACUUUCACCUAAUGAGCGCAGUUUUAAGUGUGUUACAGAUAGCAGUGUCUGUUUGGAUGUAUGAAAUGUUAUGAGAAAAAGCUAACUACAAGUACAUCGAAACCUGCAAACUUAAAAGAAAAAAAAAGCACCACACCAAUCACCACACAAGUAGCAUAAAUGCCCAGAUUAAUUUCCAGUGUUUAGCCUAGAGGAUGGGGAUGCGUUAUUGCAUACCACACUGCAAUGCAAAUGCUUCGCAUGUCUACUUUUAGUGUGCAUUUUUAAAGCUGAACUUAGCAGUUUUUUGUUAGAAAAACUGUUGACCACAUUACUUCGGGUGUAAUAAGUAAUCUUUUUUUGCUGCAGCAGAGUGACCUUGAAGACAAGGGCAUUUAGCUUUGGCAAACAAUGUACGAGUGUUGGCAACGGGAAGUUGGCACAGCCGGCGGGUAAUGGUUAUGCGACGCUUUUAUGAUAAGAGUUGCAACAGUAUAUACGAGAGUCUUAGCCAGUAUGUAUACAUAUCAGCGUUUACAUGUCAACCGAGUACUGGGAUGCAAAUGUAAACAGCAAUGCUGGUAAUCUGCAUCUGAUGGUGUGUUCAUAUUGGCAUGUGCUACAGUGUUCUCUGGUGUGACAUUUCUUGGCAGGGUAGGGUAUAAUACAUAUUUAGGAAGUCUGUGUUGUUACAAAAACUUGACACUAGUAUGUUAGAAUACACAAACACAGGAUGCAGCAAGAGGCUCGUAUGAAUUGUUUGAGCAGAGCAUCACAAAGUGUAGCCACGAAUGCUAUUUUGGAGCUACAUCACAGUACCUCGCUAGAACAGUAACACUAAAAUGUACACAUACUCGCUUAAACUUUCAACUGAUUUGCCCCGCACUAAACAAGGAUCUACAUUGAUAAACAUCACUUGCCUCUUAAAAGGUUCUGGUAAGGAAAUAAUGGUCUUCAGAAGGCUUUACAAUCCAUAUGUCCUGGUUUGAUUGAGGUUUGGGGAAGGUUGAUGUAGACUGUUACAUUCAUUUGAGAUUGCACAACUGCUACAAGGCAGGCCACGAAUUUGUUCCACUGUUGGCUUGUAUUGUCUGUAGUUUGUUCUUCACUGUUCAUGAUGUGCAAGACCACCAUGUCGUGUGGCUUUUCCCUGAAGAAGCGCAUGCUUACACAUUUGAGUGAGUGCAUCUUGAAUGGUGUGUUGCAGUGUUUGCGUUCUGACAUAUCCAACGCAACCGUGUGUACUCACGUGCGCAUGUCUCGUUCAGCUGUCGUUGGUGCAUUGCUGGAGGAGCAGACACAUCUAGUCCACUGGGUGGCAAAUGGUCCUGUUUCGAGAGGGGAUGUACUGCUCAUCUGCAUCUGUCUUGGUGCCUCACUUUUCAUUUUCAAACACUGCAGCCAGAUGCGGCCACUAUAUAGCUAGCCGAGGACAGUGCGCUAGAAGCUGGUUCUUAUUAAGCAUAUUUUAGCAUCAUGGUAUAUAGCCGUUCGCUACAUACAAAACAUGUCGCAAAGAGAGCAUAUGCUCUCAAACUUUCUGUGUGUUUCAAGUAACCACUAGGUCUACAGUGUGUCCCUUCUAGCAAUAUGCCCUAGUCAGCAAUAUUGAGGCUCUGUGCCCUCCACUCGAGCUUGCUUCACAAUCUGGCCUGUGAAAAGCACCAGCGGCCCAUCGCACAUACAUGAUAGUUUCUUGCCAUACAAAAUGAUGGAACUAAUAUUUUACAACAUCCGAGAUUUUUAAAAUCCAAAUACCAAAGGCAAUAUAUAUUCGCUUCUGUUGUCUCAGACACAUACCUCACACCGUCCCCGUCUCGUGGCAAUACGGCACACCCCCUAUGAGUUCUUGAAAUGGAAUCUUAUAUUCACAUUUAAAAAAAAUUGUGCUGUUCGCUCACCUCCAGUCUCCAUAGCAGCUUCCUGUAGUCUUAGAAUCCCCGUUAUUUUUUCCUUUCCCACUACUGCUCUUCUGUGUGCCGAUUUCUAACCCGGCCAGCCACCAGCAUAACUUGUAACCGUAACCACUGUGAUCUUGAUGUUGUUCUCCGUAGACCUGUAUCUUUUUCUCUCUGUCCGUUCCAUACAUGCAUCGCUACAGGAACUCUCAAACCGUGGUUCUUUUUUCGCUGUUGUAAAAUCUUGUUAAAUGUCAUGCAAAUGAGACAUUUAUCCCAAAUAAAAGCUGUUUUUGUUGUUCCAACAA